AUGCCCAUCAAUGACUCCCGCCACCUCCUCCCCAUGAACAGCAUGGUCUUCAAAUCCUCGCCCAACCUGCGCAACGAACUUCCGUCAAACCCCACUCUCGUUAAUAUACGCGACGCGGCGGAUACCAGCGUAACUGCGCUGCCAAUGCCGGCUACCGCGCUAGAGGAUCAAGUGGUUGAGCGCAAGAUGGGCUGGUGGUCGCGAAUGGUGGCGAGAAUCAAGGGUUGCUUUAAGAAGAAGGAGGAAGGCGGCGAGGAAAGAACGGAAUUGAAUAUUGGUGGACCGACGGACUUUCAACAUACUUGGACGGCGGGAAUUGGGCCGUUGAGGACGACGGGGGUGGGUGAGGAGGGGGAGUGGGAGGAUGUGGAUGAGGGGAAGGGGUUAUCAGGUCCUUCUCGAUGGGGCGAUGCCGCAACUUACUUCCUCUUCUCCGUUAGUGGUCUCUUCUUGGGUGGAACUGCAUCUGCAUCGCGGACUAUCACGAAGGAUCCUGAAGCAAAGGCCAGAAUCGAAAAGGCUUUUAAGAACUACAGGAUAGACGUGUUGAAGCGCGAGAUUGACCAGCUUCAAGGAAAGAGCAAGUUUGAGGAGUUCUUCAGCGGCUAA